CACAUACCCUCGUAUCUUCUCUCGUAACUCACACAUCCCGCACAUAUCGUCGAUCAACAUCUCUCGUUACCACCCAAAACAAAACAACCGCUACCCUCAUCGUCAUUCACGAUGCAGUUCAAUAUCCUCUGCGUUCUGACCCUCCUUGUUGCCUUCGUGGCAUCCGCGGCCGUCCCUGAGGUCGCUCCUGAUGUCACCAGCACUCAUGGAACCUGGUUCGAUGUUGAAGACUUUGACGUGAACGAUUUCAAACUUGCUACUCGUGAUGAAGACGAGUCCAAUUCUGAAUUGGUCAACGAAGACGAUGGUGAAACGGUCGAAAUUAAGGACAAGAGAUGUCAUCGCCGUGUUUGCCGUUAUAGCUCUCAGUGCUGCCACACUGAUACAUGCGUUCUGGGCGCCUGCAUGGGACCUGGAAAGUGGCCUUAAGUGUGAUGCAUGUAUCCUGUCGACAAGUAAGCUUGAUGAUGGCCUGACUUUUAGUUGGCUAUCUGGUGUGCAUCAUGAGUUUAUGCUUGGUUGAUGGUGGUGAAGAGACAAGCUCUAAUUAGUCGACAUGGUUGCUAUUACCUGGAUGGUGUUGUGCUUUCUUUUCAUAUCUGCCAAUCUUUCUCAGCUUAGUCUAUGACACUGAGUGGCUCCUCUAUUUCUUUCGUGUUACUUCCAUCCUCCACUCUUGUUUUCUUUUCUGUGAGUCGUUGUUUGCCGAACAGGGCAAUCGUCACCGUGGACUGAUCUGUUGUCACCUGCUGCGCGGGACGACAUGAGGAACGGACUAUGGAGACUUGAGAGCCUAGUUCUAGCAUUCUCGACGCUUGCUUCUUAAUGACUUGAUAG